AUGGAACCUUCGGUCGCCACCGAGCUGCACCAUAUUUGGAGCAUGGAGAAGGAUCGCAUGAUAGUCAAGCACAAGUCAGAUCUUGCCCUUCAAGAUGAGUUGCUCGAGAAGUUAGAACAGGAACUCCACCAGACCCAUAACGACAACAUCCAGAAGUUGAAGGUCAUCGUGCCGUUAACCUCAUACAGAGACAUCAUCUUACCGAUGGCCGAAAAGAGCCUGAAGUAUGACCGGCAAGAGGUCGAAGCUAGUCACAAUAACCGAGUCAGGAUUAUCGAGGACAAACAUGUCAAAGCACUUGCCGAGCAUGAAGUGCUCUAUCAAGACAAGCUCAAGGCGGCCCUGGUGAAUGAGAAUCAGUCAUCCAUGAAGACUAGCCCCUCGUCAAUUUCAUGGAAGUCAAGCGAUGAUCAGAGCGACCACGGCUCGCUACUUAAAGAUGCAAAUGUCAUUUUGGACGAAUCGAAGGGGCAUCAACGACCAACGUUAGGAACCAACUCCGCGUCUCCGAAUCCUAAACAGCCGUUCGGGUUGUGCAGGCCCUUGAGCUGGAAUAUCCAGAACAAGGUAAUCCGUGGAGAGCGGCGCCUAAUAAUGCACGUUCAGUCAAGAAAACGCAGCGCGCCUGCAUCUGAUGAACUCCACCCUAAACGAUUACGUGUUGACACUUCCGUCAACCAAAUUUACACUCCCGCACCUACGCCCUCAAGCGAAUCUACCAAUUCUCCUCCGAAACGAACAAUUACCUUCGACGAGGUUUACCAAGGCGGAAAUGCGAAUCACAAGGAUACCAUUGUUGAAUGGCCGACGGGCAGUCGGCAAUGGUAUAUCUUAAAGUGCGAGCAGCACGGCCUUCGCUUCACAAAGAAUUCCGUCCAAGGUGCUGCCAGACACCUAAAUGGAAACGGCCACGGUUGUACAGAUCGGAAUAGGGACCAUGCGGUCAGAACUCUCGGUUACCUAGUAACAGAUUGCAAUGAGGACCUAGCAAAAUUGAACAACCGGGUUGCAGAGGAGACUUAUGUGAAGGGUCAUAAACAGCCUUUUCAUCGUCUCAAGAAGCAGCGUACGAGUGGCAUAACACAUCCAAAGGAUUUCCAUAUUUAUUACGGGCGCUGGAAAGACGGUGGCCUUGGUAAAGUGGCCGACCAAAUCUACCCGGUCAUGAUUCUAGGGUGGGAUAGCCAGAAUGGAAGUGGCUUGAAGGAUGGAGACCUCAACGCUACUGGCCUCCUUAAGAAAAAGGCAAAGCCGCCCAAUUGCUAUACUUACGAUUCUCGUAGGAUUACCGGUUGGGCACCGGGAUACGAGGAUGGUGGCUCUAAAGUCAGGCUCAGGAGAUUCCCGGUCAUGUUCUUUGACGAGGCGCAGACUGUUGGGUGGUUCCCGGCUCGGGACUUGAUGAAGUUCCCGUUGAAUUGGCGCGACGUACCCGGCCAACCUGACCACCCUUUCAACGCUGCGCGUCGGUGGAUUGCCGAGAGAGAAGGGUACAAGACAUGGGAGGACCGUGAAGAGGCGCGAAUUGGCGAAUAUGCCCCGUCUACUUCGCCACUUACCCCGGCCAAGUCUGCCAAUACAGUCUCUCAUACGGAGGAUAUCCAUGAUUCGAACAGUUCAUAUUCCGAGUCGGAGGCGACAUCAGUGGAUUCGUCAGCAACAGAAAAGAUGAUGCAAAACUGGCGAGAAAAAGGUGGCGAGAUAACCGGUGACGAGGAUUAUGCUGUUUCCGACUCCGAUUCCGAUGUCGACGAUUCUCUUGACUGCGAAAUAGAAGAUUGGAUCCAGUCCUCGCCAUCUGUUGCGAAACCCGAAAACAGCACAAAUCGACCUUGGGCGUUCUAUGGCCUGAGAGGUGCGGUGAAUACUGACAAACCGAAGCCGUCAGUUGUCCUAGCACGUGAAGCACCAGACAGCCCAGCAGCAGCAGCAGCAGCAUCAGCAGCCGCGGAUAUAUGUCCAGCACGAAAACUUGCGGAACAGGCAUGCCCAUCCACCACGAAGUCCCAAGAUCCUUACAUAGCUCCUAUAUCCACCAUCACUCCACCAUCUAAAUUUAGUGCCCAAGCAAUGCAAGAUCCUGAUCAGUCGGGUAUGCCAAGACAAUACUACCGACAACCUUCUGACAAUGAGUCAAUCCGCAAUCAUAACUUGGCUGAAAUUAUCGCCGAGGCUCUCAAGUUUAGGAAUGGAGUUCACAAUGUCAGCACAGCACCGGAGAAUCAAGGAUCUAUAAGCCAAACCAUAGAAUAUGAAUCUCUUGGCACAACAACCUCUGGGUCAAUGAAAGAUACAUUAGUUCCACCGUCGUCGACAAAUGCUACCACUUCUCCUCGAGGCCAGAUGUGUGAAAAGAUGUCUCCGAGACUAACUUCUAAGUUGGCUGCAGAGGUUUCGGAAAUGUCAUCGUUGACAAACUUAUUGGGAAGCAAACUAAUACACGAUGACAACAAUCAUAGCAAAGGUAAUAUUUAUGAUACUUCGUCUUCUAAUCACACGACACUUAACAGCGUCAAAUCAACUAUUAAUGCGGGCGGUUCAAGCAUCCGUGCCGAAAACCGAGACACAGGAAACAAACAACCGCUAAAUGUGGAAAGGGGGGCAAUAAGCCAAAUGAAAGAGACGGUACAGUGCAGCCAGGAAGGGGCAAGCGAUGCAAAGCAAUAUGGACAAGACACAUUACCCCACGUCGACACGAAAUCUUCGUCUAUACAGCCAUUAGUGGACGUGGAAAACGCCACACCCGCCAUGGGGCCUGGGCUUGUUGGUGACGCCGCGAUGGUCGGACUGCAUUCUGCUGCUGCAGAUUUCGAACUCUCGUUCUACAGAAGCUGCGAUAUGUCGUGGGAGAGGACAAAAGAUCAAGGAGAUUGCGUCCAACUAUUUUAUAGCGCAGACCGAAGGACAGUGUCGACUAGACAGGGCCCUGUGUCAAUCACGAUCGACCCAAUGGAAAUGAUGGGGUUCUCUCGAGAAAAGGAUAUCAUCCCGGAUUCCAAAGGGAACACAGUUUUUGUCUUGAGACACGGUAACGGCUCAUCAUCUCGACUUGUCUUCGAUCGAAGUGGAGGAAGCAAGCUGGGAAAUGGCAAGCUCCAGGCUCGUGGUUUCAUUAAAUGGCUACGAACGGUGAAGCCUGAUAUCGCAUUCCUCUGA